AUGCAAACCAUUAGCAGGGACACAGCUGAACGAAUGACUGUUGUAUACAUGCCCGCCGAACUUGCCUCCGAGGCCGAGGAGGUAGUGAAGGACUUCUUCCACGAGCUCCACGACACCAUGCCGUUGAGUAUUACCGACAUUGCGAAGGAGAUGGGGAGCGUGAAUGUGUCUCACAUCAUCGAGACUCUCAAGCUAAACCUCGAGCAUACAUCCGAUAUGAUGAAAACUUUGGAAGAAAACAAGGUGACAUUGAAAGAAAAAAUUGCAAUGUUGAAGGACGAGAAGGUGAUCUUGAAGGAGGAGAAUGCGCGUCUUUCACAACGUCUGAAUCUGAUUUCUGAACGUCAUGACGAAGAUCAACACAAGCAUGCUGAGGAAUUGAGAGAGAUCAGAACUAAGCUUGAUCUAGCCAACGUACAGAUUAUGAAGCUGUGUAUGACAGCGCCGAUGCGCAAACGCUUGCGACUGGACUAG